UUGCAAAAAAAGAAGAUUUUGUAUAAAGAUGACAAUUUUCUUGCUAUUGACAAAAGUUUUGAUGUCAAAAUGGCAUCUGAUUCAUUAGAAGAUGUUGUUACUGUAGACAAACAGCUGCGUGCAAGUUUUCCGGAAUUAUGUGAUAAUAGUGUAUUUUAUGGAUUUAGGUUUCAGCAAAGGCUUGAUAAUGCAACAAGUGGUGUUGUUUUGAUUAGUUUGAAUAAAUCUUCAGCAGCAAAGUUUGCUAAAAGCCUUAAAAAAAGAAAUGUCCUGAAACAUUAUUUAGCUCUUGUACAUGGCCAUGUUGAGCCCACUCAGUUUAUGAUAAAUGUACCAUUGUGUAGACACAUUAGAGAAGAAAAUGAACCUCACAAAAUGAAAGUUGCUGAAGAUGAACUAGAUGAAAACUCCAAAGAUUGCCAAACUUUUGGUGUUAAAUUAGAAACUGGAACUUAUAAUGGUUCUCCUGCCACUAAAUUACUACUUGUUCUGUUUACUGGUAGAACACAUCAGUUACGAGUACAUUGUAAGCAUAUAGAUCAUCUAAUAGUCGGUGAUUAUACAUAUAGCAAUAGACAAGAUACAGAACCAUAUAGAAUGAUGCUUCACUCUUAUAGACUACGUAUACCGAUAUCACAAACACAAACUCUAGACAUCAAAACUGAUAAUGAUCCAUUUCUAUCACAUUUUGAUCCAAACUGG